AUGGGCGUUUCAAAGUCUGAUGCGAUUAUCAUCGUUGGUGGAGGCGCCUUCGGUCUCUCAACAGCUGUUCAUCUCUCUCAAAAAGGGUAUACAAAUAUCUCUGUGUUUGAGAAAGACGAUAAUAUCCCACCGAGAUCCUCUGCAGCGAAUGACCUCAACAAGAUCGUUCGAGCAGAAUAUGAAGAUCCGUUCUAUACAGACUUGACCAUUAAAGCGAUUUCAGCUUGGAAGACUCCCCUAUUUGCGCCUCAUUUCCACCAGACAGGAUUCCUGCACUGUGUCUCUGGGGCUGCGCCCGAGAAAGCCGUCGACACAUUGAAUAGAUUCCAAGCAUCCGCCGAAAAGCACCCAGAUAUCAAACCCCACGUCGUGCCUAUUAAGAAUGAUAAGGAUGUUCGUCAGGCAUGUUGGCAGCUUGAUGGAGAGCUACCAGGAUGGCAUGGUUACCUGAACCGCUAUGACGGGUAUGCCCACUCCGCCAACGCUCUUGCAGCCGUCUACCGCGCGACCCAAGCAGCAGGUGUGAGAUUCUUUCUAGGCGCACAAGGUGCCGUCAGGGAAAUCGUCUACGUCAGCACUUUGUCCGGGCGCAAGUGCGCAGGUAUCCGAACUAAGAAUGGUCGCUUCCACCCAUCUGCGCUGGUUAUUGUUGCCGCCGGAGCUGGAGCUGGUCGAUUAGUUCCUGAGAUUGGGUCUUCGGUUGUUGCCAAAUCUUGGUCUGUCGCGCAUUUACAGCUCACUGAUGAAGAGACCUCUGCUCUUCGUGGAAUCCCUGUGACCUACGCCCGGGAUCUGGGAUUCUUCUUUGAGCCUGAUCCUAAGACAAACCUUCUGAAGCUUUGUCCUAUGGGUGGUGGUUACAUUAAUACUGAUCCCAAGACGGGAGUUUCGCAUGCACCGGACACUCUUAGUGAAAUUGCUUUCUUACCCGAGGCAGAUGAGAAGCAGUUGAGACAAUUACUGGCUCAGACUCUACCUUCUCUUGCGAACAGACCUUUUGUUCGGAACUCUCUGUGCUGGUUUGCUGAUACUAAUGACUCGGAUUUCAUCGUCGAUUAUAUUCCUAAUAUGGCAGAGUCGAUUAUUCUCUUAUCUGGCGAUUCGGGACAUGGAUUCAAGAUGUUCCCCAUUGUGGGUUCCUUCAUUACUGAUUUGAUUGAGGCUUCGGAUAACCGACAGGCUAUCACUCGUUGGCGCUGGAAGCAGGCUAUUUCGGAUGCUGGAAAAGAGGACUGGGGAGGCGAUGUGAGUUGGAGACUUGGGCAGUCUAAGGAGUUUGCUUCUAUUUUACCUCCGAAGGCAUCCAAACUCUAA